CCCCGGCCCAGGCUCUGACCCCCGGGGGUGUGUGUGUGUCCGUGUGUGUCCGUGUCCGCCCUCCCUCCCGCCGGCCCGGGAUCCGCGGACAUGUCGGAGGCGAAGCCGCGGAAGAAAGGCGGCCCGAAAAGAGCCCCGGAGGCGGGGCCGCGGCCGUCGGAGAGCCGGCGGGCGCCCGGGGCCCCCGGGGCCCAGCGCGGCGGGACGGACCCCCGGGCGGACCCCCGGGCGGCCCUCGGCCUGCUCUCCUGCGGGGCCUGCCUGGCCCUGGCCCUGGCCCUGGCCUGGUUCAUAUUUCAGCAGUCAGAAAAAUUUACCAGUAUGGACAACAAAUACCAAUUUAUGGAAAGGAGUGCCAAGGAAUUCCAGGACCUGAAAAAUAAAGUCAGUUUACUUUCCGACAAGCUUGAGUCUACUGAAAGUAUCCUGCAGGAAGCUACCUCAUCUAUGGCUUUGGUGACCAAGUUUGAGCAGGAGGUGUCCAGUCUCCAUAGCGCCAUAUAUGACAUUCAGAAUAGUGAGCAGCUGCUCACUCAAAAGAUACAAAGCAUUAAUGUGAAAUUUGAAAAUGUCUCGGACUCCUGGAAGAGAAGCUUGGAUGAAAUGAAUGCGAAUGCGGUCAUUUUAAAAUCAGAAGCAAAACGUGUCCAUUCUCAAGUCACUGCCCAAAUUAAUUCUGCUGAACAAGGAGUGAAGUCACUUACGGAAAGGUUAAAAGAUCUGGAAGAUAGUACAGUGAGAAAUAUUAGAACAUUAAAGAGUCAGGAAGACGAUGACCUUUCUCGAGUGGAAAAACAGCUGGGCUCUGAUACAAAAGCAGUUGAAAAAUUGGAAGAGGAACAGAGUAAUCUUUUCGCUAGAGAUUUAGAUCUAAGUAGUAAACUCACUGCCUAUGAACCUAAAGUUGAAGAAUGCAAGACACAUAUGCCAGUAAUUGAAAAUGCAAUUCAUUCAGUUCUUAAGGUCUCUCAAGAACUGACUGGUGUAGAAAAAAGGAUGGACGAUUUGGCCGAGCAGAUGUUUAACGUGGAAGAUGAUAUGCUGAAAGCAGUGUCGGAGAUAAUGGAGAUGCAGAAAGCCCUUGAAGGAAUGCAGUUUGACAACAGCAUUCUAAAAAUGCAGAAUGAACUAGUGGUUUUGAAGGAAAAAGUACAAGAAUUCAUAGUUUCUAUGAAUGCAAGAGAAGAGGGAACUUUUAAAGAACACAAUCUACCUAGCAAAGAAUUUUCAAGUGCCGGGGAACAGUAAAACCACUAUGCUAGUGUUCUGACUGGAGCACGCUAUUUUAUAUAUUAAUAGGAUCAGUUUGCACAGUGUUUUUUAUAACAUAUGUAAUAGAGUUAAAGGAAAAAAACUGUGUUUUUCCAGUUAAAUUGUGAAAAUUAGUGGUAAAAGCAACGUAAAAAGAACUGUGCCCUUUUCUGAUUUAAUCUCUUUUUCCCAGAUUUUAACCUAGCUUAAGUUGGUGAACAGAAAUAUUUCUGGCCUUUUUUCAAACCUAGAACUUACUACAUAAUUGCUUUUCCACCUUCAGCAUUCUAAGUACCAUCAUUUCUUAGUCUUGGUGACAUUGUUUGUUCUUAAAUCACAUUUACUUGGCAUGAAUGAGAUAUGACUCCCAUUAUGACAAGGCACAGAAAAGGCUUAUCUCAAAUGAUAUGGAAGUAACUGAGAGAAGGGGUGCCCUUGUAGGGUCAAAAUGGCACCUAGCCUGGAAUAUGAGGCCUAUUUUCAGACUGUAGACCAAAUUGCAGCUCUUUUCAAUAGAGAAGGAAAAUAUGCACGGAACGUGGGUCCUUUCAAGUACUUUCUUGUAACAAUUUUAAUUUCAAGCUGAGUAAUUAUCACCAGUGUUAUUGUUUCACGUGUAGCUAAGUUCCAUCUUGUCCCCCAAUUUUUUAUGGAGCACUUGAACUUUAAUAAAAUCUUUAAUGAAACAAA